CAUCGACCAUCACCCAUAGGCAGCUCCGUUUCUUCAAAGAGAUGAGUGGAGUGCACAUUUUCCCCAUAGAACUAUACAUCGAUAUAUUGAAAGAUGUCGACGGUGUCACCCUCGUUCGCUGCCAGAGAGUAUGUCGUCUCUGGCGACUGAUCAUCCAGGAGACCACCGAAUUGCAGUAUAACAUCGAGUUUGCGAUCAGUGGUCUUGAGGGUCGGGUCUCUGUUCCCCAUAAAGCGUCUUUUUUAGAGCGCACCGAGUUGCUUCGCCAUCACGAAGCUGCCUGGCGAAACCUCGAAUAUUCUACAGUCAAAUCUGCAUUCAUCCCUGCUGGUGCGGUCACUCGAUUCGUUCCAGACGCUGUAGUGCACGACGGAAAGUUAGCGCUUCUUGGGAUCAAUUCACAGCUUCUGUUUGUUCUGCCGCUAGAAUCUCCAGUACUGGAGAUUCCUGAGGAGCCCGAUUGGGGAAUCCGCAUAGUUGCACGGCGGGCUGAAGCUUUCUGCAUAUCUCCUCCAUUGGGGCUUUUGGUGCUUCUUGAGGAUUUGUCCUUCACUCCAAUUCCUACGGGAAUCGACUUACGUUUGCAUAUUCUUUCGUUCAAAAGCGCUCAUCCGCAUCCCAAUGCCGAUCCUGGCUUCAUCGACUUCCAGUCGGAUUAUGUACCACACCCAUUGUCUCAUACAAUUCAGGCCAAUGGCGAUUAUGUGGGCAUGCUUGUACAGGACAACGAGAAUCGCCACGCUGUACUCGGAAUCUGGGAUUGGAGAACAAGCGAACGUCGCAUGGAGCUCACUGGGGAGGGCAUUCAAUCGUUCGCUUUCCUGACUGAAAAGCACGUAAUGGUGUUGGUGCACAAGCCUUGGUUGGCUACAGAAAGAUCUCAUCCCAAGCUUUUCGUGCUCGACAUCGCUGCUGUUGGUCCCAACAUAACAUCUUGCGAUGAAGUCGCAUAUUCUUUAGCUUUCCUUUUCCCUGUCCCUUCUUCUCAAGUUAAGUUGAGACGAAUUGACAUGUGGACAGACCAUCACGCGCUUUCUUCCUCUAUAAAACCGCAGGAUCAGCCUGCGGCGGACUCCAUCGUGCUUUUUAGGCUUCGCGGCGCAGAUCCUGGGGCGUCUCCCGAUGAUUUGGGAACUAAACUUCUGGAGAUAUUCGUGCCCGCGUCUACCUUUCUCAGGCAUCUGCGUAGAGAAUGCGACGGUGGGGAGCUGCGCAAGGUACUGAACUAUCGUGAAUGGCUUUCAACCGACGCACGGGUCCAGCAUUCCGUGUAUGACGAUUCGGCAAAUCCUCGGAAUUCGAUCUCUGGAUACCGAUACGCCCAAAGUAUCAAGCGCGAGGCUGGCGAAGCAGACAGUCUAGUGAUUCGCGUAAUGGAUUUCAGUGUGCCAAGGAUUCAGCAUGCUAUGGAGUCAGGAAAGAAGGACGUUGAGAUCAGUUACCCGGACGACGUGCCGAAAGGCUUUUGGGAUGACGAAGGCAUAUCAUCGAGUGCAUCGUGUCUGAUCUCGAAAGCAGAAAUCUCAUCAACGGAGAAUGAGCGGCUUGUGCACUCGCCGCUUACCAUGAUCUCUGACAGUGCAAUUGUUGUGGUAAACGGGUUGGGAGGCGAAGCCCCGAGGAUGCACCGGAUCCUGUUCUAGCAAAUUAUUUUGCUAACACUAGUCAUUGCAUUAUUGUCUGCCAUGAAAUCACCCAGAAAUGUAUCGUGACAAGUGCCUUUUUCUUAGGUGGAUUGUCUGAAUGAUUCGAUCCAAGAGUGUGCCGACCUUGGACUUCUCAACAGACGAAGAAUACAGUGUCCUAUGUUCUGAUCCUCC